AAGCAAGCCACCGCUCCUCUCUCUCUCUCUCUCCUAUAUGAUGAUGAUGAUGAUGAUGAUGAUCCGCCAUGCCUUUCUCUCUCUACCCAUCUACCCUGCCGCCACCUCCAUCCUCCUCCGGUCCCUCCCAUGGCAGGUUCGCCUCCGGGCCGCACCGUCUACCUCCAUGGCGACCUCGACCUCCACAUCAUCUCCGCCUCCAACCUCCCCAACAUGGACAUCUUCUCCGAGCGCCUCCGCCUCUGCUUCUCCGCCUGCGCCGGAGCCGGGACUCAACCCUCCCGCUCCCGCUCCCCCCACCCCGACCUCGCAUCCCCUCCCCGCGACCGCCGCCGCGACCCCGACCCCGACGGCGACGCCCACCGCCACGGGAAGAUCAUCACCUCCGACCCCUACGUCAAGGUCCGCGUCCCCCACGCCACCAUCGCCAGCACCCGCGUCCUCCACGACACGCAGAACCCUAUGUGGGACCAGCAGUUCCACAUCGCCCUGGCUCACCCCGUCGACGACUUGGAGUUCCACGUGAAGGACGACGACAUCUUGGGCGCGCAGCUGAUCGGCGUUGUUAAGAUCCCGGCGCGGGAAAUCGCAGCCCGCGAGUUCAUCUCCCGGUCGUACCCGCUAAUUGGACCCUCGGCGAAGUCGAAUUCCGUCCUCCAGCUCGAGCUGAAGUUCACGCCCGUGGAGAAGAACGAGGAUUACCAGAACGGCAUUGCUGGAGUGAGGCAGACUUAUUUCCCCUUGAGAAAAGGGAGUGGCGUCACGCUGUAUCAGGACGCUCAUGUGGUCGAUGGGUGGUUGCCUGAUAUCAAGUUGGAUAGCGACGCUGGAGGCGUUUAUAGGCACGGGAAGUGUUGGGAGGAUAUUUGUCACGCCAUAUCUGAGGCUCACCAUUUGAUAUACAUCGUUGGGUGGUCGGUUUUUCAUAAAGUUAAGCUCAUUAGAGAGCCUACCCGUACCCGGGCAUUGCCGCGAGGCGGGGACUUGACGCUCGGCGAUUUGCUCAAGUAUAAGUCAGAAGAGGGGGUGCGCGUUUUGCUGUUGAUUUGGGAUGAUAAGACUUCGUACAACAAGUAUUUUAUUAACACGGCAGGGGUGAUGCAGACACAUGAUGAAGAAACUCGAAAGUUUUUCAAACAUUCAUCGGUGAACUGUGUGCUGGCCCCGCGUUAUGCCAGCAGUAAGCUUGGCUAUAUAAAACAGCAGGUUGUUGGAACCAUGUUCACACACCAUCAAAAAUGUGUCCUAGUGGACACCCAGGCGUCGGGUAAUAACCGAAAAAUAACUGCAUUUGUAGGAGGAAUUGAUCUCUGUCACGGUCGAUAUGAUACACCUGAGCAUCGGCUAUUUCGCGAUCUUCACACUGAAGUUUUUCAGGAUGACUUUUACAAUCCUACAUAUCCUGCUGAUAUGAAAGCUCCAAGACAACCGUGGCAUGACUUGCACUGCCGGAUUGAAGGGCCUGCUGCAUAUGAUGUCCUGAUAAACUUUGAGCAACGUUGGAGGAAAGCAACAAGAUGGAAAGAAUUCAGUCUCUUUGUCAAAGGAAAAAAACAUUGGCAUGAUGAUUCCUUAAUUAAAAUAGGCCGUAUCUCUUGGAUAUUGAGUCCUCCAUCGACUGAGUCACAUGAUGGCACCAGAUCUCAUUCAAAGAAUGACCCCCAUGAGCGUUUUACGGUAGUGCCUGAGGACAACCCCAAUCUCUAUGUCUCUAAAGAAGAUGAUCCUAAUAACUGGCAUGUUCAGAUUUUCCGGUCUAUUGACUCUGGAUCAGUCAAAGGAUUUCCCACAAAAAGGAAAGAUGUUACUGAAACGAAGAAUCUUUUAGUUACAAAAGAUGUGGUAGUAGACAGAAGCAUUCAGACAGCUUACAUUCAGGCAAUCAGAUCUGCUAAACAUUUUGUCUAUAUUGAAAAUCAGUAUUUUCUGGGAUCAUCAUAUGCGUGGCCAUCGCAUAAUGAUGCAGGAGCUGAUAACCUCAUUCCAAUGGAAUUGGCCCUGAAGAUUGCUGGAAAAAUUAGAGCUAAUGAGAGGUUUGCUGUAUAUAUUGUCAUACCGAUGUGGCCUGAAGGUGAUCCCAGGUCAGCUACAGUCCAAGAGAUUCUCUUUUGGCAGAACCAGACCAUGCAAAUGAUGUAUCAAGUUGUCGCAAGUGAACUGAAGCAAAAGGAGCUCAAAGAUUCUCAUCCUCAGGACUUCCUUAAUUUUUACUGUCUUGGUAAAAGGGAAGAUAAUUCUGGUCAACCUUCUUCAGAUAAUGAGCAGGUCUCAGAAUCAUACAAAUCCCAGCGAUUUAUGAUAUAUGUUCAUGCUAAAGGAAUGGUUGUGGAUGAUGAGUACGUUUUAUUGGGGUCGGCAAAUAUUAACCAAAGAUCAUUGGCUGGUACCAAAGACACCGAGAUUGCCAUGGGUGCAUAUCAGCCCCAUCACACUUGGGCACGAAAGCAGGGGCAUCCGUAUGGUCAGGUAUAUGGAUACAGAAUGUCCCUGUGGGCAGAGCAUCUUGGGCAAGUGGAAGGUUGCUUUGUUGAGCCUGGCAGUUCAGAAUGUGUGAACAGGGUGAACGAGAUAGCUGAAAAGAACCGGGACAACUACAAGGCUGGUGGUCCAUUGCAGGGCCACCUUCUCCGGUAUCCCAUACAGGUGGACCGAGAUGGGAAUGUUGGGUCAUUGCAAGGAUUCGAGGAGUUUCCUGACGUCGGUGGCAAAGUCGUCGGUACUCAUUCCAAUGCAAUCCCUGAUGUUCUAACAACUUAGGUUCCGUCCGACUCCGUGUCCAUGCAGUCCCAGGAGCCGCAAAGAUGUUUCCCGGGGGGGGGGGGGCGUCGCUUCAUUC